CGCCUGGAUAGCAAGUCCCAGCGCCGCCAAUCCCGAGCCCUGCGCCCCGCGCUCCCCCGCGCAGCGCAGCGCAGCGCGGCGCGUCCUCAGCCAUGCGGCUCCGGCAGCUCGGGGCCCUGCUGCUGCUCCUGGCGCUCCCAGGGGCUGCAGAACCAUCCUUUAAUGUGAGCGUUUGGCCGGAAGAUGCCGUGGUGGAGCACGGAGGCUCCAUCUGGUUAAACUGCAGCCACACGUGCUGGGAUCCUGGUGCCCGGGGCGGCCUGGAGACCUCGCUCACCAAAGCCGAACAUAAAAAGGGAUCCAGCUGGAUGGCCCAGGAGCUGGUCAAUAUCCGGGAGUGGGUGUCGGUCGUUCAGUGCUACAUCAACUGCAAUGGAAGCAUAACACUUGCAUAUGCCAAUAUCACCACUUACCAGGUGCCGGAGCGGGUGGUGCUGGAGCCGCUCCCCGAGAUGGAGCUGGGCCAGGCCUAUAACCUGAAGUGCCGGGUUCUGAACGUGGCUCCCGUCACACACCUCACCGUGACCCUCCGCCGGGGGGGACAGACCCUGCACACGGAGACCUUCCAGAACCGCACCGGGACCAGACCCGACAACGUCACGGUGACCCAUGAGAUCACCCCUCAGCGACAGGACCACGGGCAGGAGAUCACCUGCCACGCCGCCCUGGACCUGACACCGCACGGGCAGCUUUUGCAAUUCUCCUCCCCUGCGGUGGAGCUCAGGGUUUUUGAUCUCCCGGAGGAGCCCCGGCUCCAAACCUCCCUCUAUAUCGAGGUGGGCACCAAGGCGCUCGCCCGCUGUGGGGUGGCCGGAGUCUUCCCCGUCGCGGGAGAGGCCCGGUUCAACCUGUCCUUUCGGGGAGAGAGCCUGAACUUCACCGUCACCACGUCGGGCGACAGGGCCACCGCCCAGGGCGAGGUUUGGUCCCCGUCCCCGGGACAGCACCAGCUGAACUGCACCGUGUCCGUGGGGCCCGUGUCCAGAUCCGCAGGGCAGAGCGUUCUCGUUUACAGUUUCCCUCAGCCCGUCCUGGAGAUCGACCAGCCACAGGCCCUCGUGAACAGGAACGUGAGCAUCACGUGCCUUUCCCCUGCCUCCCAGCCCCCCGGCAUGACGCUACAGCUCAGAGACGCCGAGCGAACCCUGGCGUCCGGGCACCCGCCCCGCCUGCAGCUCACGCUGACGACCCGCAAGAGAGACAACGGGAGGCAAUUCACGUGUGAAGGGAACCUCAUGCUGGGCAACCAUUCCCUCGUAAAGAACACGUCCGCCCAGCUCGUCGUCCUCUACGCGCCUACGCUGGAUGAGCCCGGCUGCCCAAGUCACCAGACAUGGCUCGAGGGGACCCCGCAGCAGCUGGCCUGUGAAGCCGAUGGCAACCCGACGCCGGAGGUCUCCUGCAGCAAGGACAGCCCGGUGUACGCUACCGGCGGCGUGCAGAACGUCACGAGAGGCCACGCGGGGCUGUAUCACUGCCGCGCCACCAAUGCCCACGGGACGGACGACAGGAACGUGACAAUCCAUGUCGAAUAUGGGCCUGAAAUAGACGAUGCCGGCUGUGCCGGGACCCGGACCUGGGUGGAGGGGACGGAGCAAAGCUUGGCCUGCCUGGCGCGGGGGAACCCAGCACCGGCCGUGGUGUGCACGAAGGACGGGGUGCCCUAUGAUGUGGGGGUGCAGCAUCGGGUGGUGAGAGAGCAUGCUGGGACCUACCACUGCAACGCCACCAACGCCCGCGGCUCGGUCAGCCGGGACGUGACCGUCCAGGUGGAGUACAAGCCCACCAUGGACGAGUCCAGCUGCCCCAGUACCCAGGCGUGGCUGGAGGGGACCCUGCACACCCUGGCCUGUGAGGCGGACGGGAUCCACGUCCCAUGCACCAAAGAGGGAGCAGCCGACGAGUUUGGCGGCGAGCGGAACGUGAGCAGGAAUGACUCCGGCACCUACCAGUGCACGGCCAGGAACCGCCACGGGUCGGCGACGAGGGUGGUCACCGUGCGGGUGGAAUACAGGCCCGUUGUCUUGCUCCUGGCCAUCAGCCCUUCCGCCACCGUCCCACGCGGCACCAGCUUCAACAUCAGCUGCCGCGCCGAGGGCUCCCCGGCACCCGCCUACCGCUGGACCGUGCCCCCCGCCCCCAACGUCCACUGCUCGGCCGAUAACAGCACCGUGAGUGUGGCCGGCGCUGACCGGCACAACCGCGGCGUUUACGUCUGCAGAGUCUCCAACGCCCAUGGGCAGCACCUGGGUCAGGUCCAAAUCCAGGUGACAGAUCACAGAUUCAUCGUCGCCGCCCUGAUCGCGGGGGCGGCUGUGCUGCUGCUGGGUGGGACGGCCGGGCUCGUCUAUUACCUCAAAUCCACCGCCUGCAAGAAGGGCGAGUACAACGUGCAGGACGCCGAGAGCUCCUCGAAAGCCGCCUGCCUCGGCCGCGACGGUACCGUCUACGGGAUACAACUCACCCAGACCUGAGCCGGCCGGCGGCUGGAGCCACCCACAUGGGGCUGCUGGAGGGGAACCCGGCGGUGCGUCCCUGGGGCCGGGCUGCCUGGUUUGUUUGGUUGGUCGUUGUUGCAUCCGUCCUCUAGCCACUUUGGAAGCUCCGGCCGAGCUGUGUUCUUGGUCCAGACCCGGCCUGUCUCCGUCCAGCCACCUCCUCAUGCAGCUUCUGCCCUCGGAUCUGCUCUGCCCUUUUCCCUUCCCCGGCCCUGCCCCGUGGCCCUGGUGGAACUUCCGGCUUGUCGCCGAUCCAGACAGCUGGUGUCUUGCCUUAAAUAUCCGUUCUCCGGCUUGGGGAAAUGGGUCAUGAGCUGGCCCCAACCAGGCCAUGACUGUACUGGAGCGUGCGGGGGGGAGGGAGGGGGUUGCCUAACCCAGCGCCUGGGGGGACUGGCACGGGCAGGGGAGAAUGGGUACGGCACCCGCUGGGAUCCGAACGUCUAGGUUCCAGAUUCCAACCCGGGGGCAGGCAGGGGCCACCAAACACAGUCAGGGGCCUGUGGGGAAACGAAUGUGCUGGGUCUCCGUCCCCGUGCUAGCAGGAACGGGCCAGUCUGUCCUCAGAUAUGAGAACAGAAGAACGGCCAGCCUGGGUCAGACCAAAAGUCCAUCCAGCCCAGUGUCCUGUCCUCUGACAGUGGCCAGUGCCAGAUGCCCCAGAGGGAAUGAA